GCUCGCCGGCUCUGCGCCGUGCCGGAGAGCGCAGUGGCGGCGGCGGGAAAGGGCUGCGGAAUCGCGGCGCUGCGUCUCACACUCGACGCCGCGGCCUCGGCCUCGACGCCCUCCGCCCGUUCCCGGAGCAGUAAGAAGACAUUAUGUUGGAUAACAGGAAGAGCUGUAGAGUUUGCAGGUGUCAACUGUGGCCUUAAUAAGCACAUUGAUAACAUCAGUGACAGACAGAUGGUCCUAUUACUGCUGGAUUGUGCAAGACAUUUAACCCUAUUUUCUUUGAGGUAUGACUUAAAUAUCAAACAUCUUAAAUAAGAGAAGGGAAACAUUUUAGUUUUGGAAGUCAGAAUGCCAAGGAGAAGGAAAAAUCUUGGGGGAAAUCCUUUUCGGAAGACUACAAACUCUAAGGAAGUUGUAUCCAGUGUUGCUAGUCAUGAGGAGCCAACCACUACUCUUCCUUCCAUGUGUGGGACAAAAGUUGAUCAGGAAGAACUCUUCACCAGUAUCUCAGAGAUGUUUUCUGAUCUGGAUCCUGAUGUAGUGUAUUUGAUGCUUUCUGAAUGUGAUUUCAAAGUUGAAAAUGCCAUGGAUUGUCUAUUAGAAUUAUCAGCCACUGACGCUAAAAUAGAAGAAUCGCCUUCAAAAAGCUUCGUUGCUUCUGAAAACCAAGUAGAUGCAGUGGGAUGUGAAAUAAUGGAAAAGUGUCCUCCUGAAGAAGAGAAUGAAGAUUCAAAAAUGGAUUCAUUUUUGGACAUGCAGCUAACUGAAGACUUAGAUUCCUUAAUACAGAAUGCUUUUGAGAAAUUGAACUCUUCUCCUGAUGACCAUGCAUACUCAUUUUUGCCUUUGCGAGAUGUUAGUAAUUUGAGUAACCCGAGUGCAUUUAUAAAUUCAGAUUCAAGUAGUACGACUCCCAUUCUUUCUACCCCAAAUAUGGAUUUGAACAGUGAAAAUGUAGAGAGUUCUGCCUCUACAUUAAGUUCAAAUUCCUUAACUUCACAUUCACUUUCAAAUGAGUCCAAGAGUUUUACAAAGGAUAACACAUUGGCACUGGAAGAUUCUCUUCUCAGUAAUUCUUUAAAUGUAGCAAAUGACACUACGAUAGAUUGUAGUAACCAAAUUCAGAAAGAGCUUUUAGAAUCUGUGUGUGUUGAGACUCAGUUCUCUCAAGCCCCUGUAGAUUUGGAUGCCAACGAACUUCAGGCUCCUUUAAACCUUACUGUGCAAAAUCUGGGGCUUGGUUUAAUAGGUACAGGUGGAGAUCAGAAAUCUUCUGUCCCUGAUGUUUUUGUACCUUCUGAAGAAUUCAAUUUCCAGUCACACAAACAGACUGAACUGCCACCAAAGGGGAAGGAUGUGAACUACUGCCCAGUACUUACCCCUCUCCCUCUACUGCUGCCUCCUCCUCCCCCUCCACCAAUGUGGAAUCCAAUGAUUCCUGCUUUUGACCUCUUUCAAGGAAACCAUGGCUUUGUAGCUCCUGUUGUAACCACAGCUGCACACUGGAGACCUGUCAACUAUACAUUUCCACCCGCGGUUAUUUCUCAUACUUCCCCAACAAAGGUAUGGAGAAAUAAAGAGGGAACAAGUGCUUAUCAGGUACAAGAAACUCCAGUUUCUCAGGUUGUAAGAAAGAAGACAUCAUCUUAUGUUGGACUAGUUCUUGUUCUUCUCAGAGGGCUUCCAGGAUCAGGAAAAUCUUUCUUGGCAAGGACUUUGCAAGAGGAUAAUCCAAGUGGAGUCAUUCUUAGUACUGAUGAUUAUUUUUACAUAAAUGGACAAUACCAGUUUGAUGUAAAAUACUUAGGAGAAGCACAUGAAUGGAACCAGAAUCGUGCAAAAGAAGCAUUUGAGAAGAAGGUAUCUCCUAUAAUAAUAGAUAAUACAAAUCUACAGGCAUGGGAAAUGAAGCCAUAUGUUGCUUUGUCUCAAAAACAUAAAUAUAAAGUCCUUUUCCGGGAACCGGAUACCUGGUGGAAAUUCAAACCAAAGGAACUUGCAAGGCGUAAUAUUCAUGGGAUAAGCAAAGAAAAAAUAACAAGAAUGUUGGAACACUAUCAACGUUUUGUUUCAGUGCCCAUAAUCAUGAGUUCUUCAGUUCCAGAGAAAAUGGAACGUAUCGAGUUGUGUGCAUAUUUUUGUGACAGAAGUACUAGCCCAAGAGACAAUGAAGAUAUUGCCUCUGAAAAAGAAGAAAAUGUUUUAUCCUCGUCUCUGAAGCAUCCAGAGUUAAUUGAAGAGAAGAAACAUGAUGUGACCAAAGAAAAUUUGUUACCUGAGAACGUUACAUAUCUCCCUAAUGCAGAUUUAAACAACGGAAAAAAAGAAAUAAGUGGUAUGAAUCCUAACAUUCAGAGUGCUUUCAUUCAGGAAGCUCCAGACAUUUAUUUUUCUGAUUCUGAAAGCAAAGAACGAGCAACAGACAAACGUGAAAAAGAAGAGCCAGUAGAAAUGGCUCCUGAAAAAGAGUGUAGUAAAACCAAUGCAGAUAGUUUUGUAGAGAGAAUAUCACCAAGUAUUUGCUGUGAUGGAAAUAAUCAAGAAGACUGUGGUCUUUCAAAUACUGUACCACUUCAAAAUGAAAAAUCUUCAUCUAGUGAAACGCUGGAAGAAAGAGCAGGAGUAAAGAAAAAAGCCUUUGGAAAACAAAAAAGCAAAUCAACUUCGGAAAAGUUCCCAAGACAAGAGCUGUCUUUUGUUGGUGACUGGCCAGUUGAUAAGUCUAUCGGCCAGAGGACAAAAAGGAACCGAAAAACUGAAAAAGCUUUAUCUAUACACAGUGACAAAAAGUAUAAUUGCUCUCAGUCACAUAAAGUAUUAGACAGUAGUUUAUCUGUGAGUAUAGAUUGUAUCCAGCCACAAGGAUCUCCACAUGAAAACGUAGAGGAUGACAGCAAGUCACAGUGCGAUGAUGCCUCAGAAUCUUUUAAUAGCUGUAAAUAUGGUACUUAUAAAAAUACUGAAAAAGACUCAUUUAACAUUGUGGGUGACUGGCCUUCAUCUGAUUCUUUAGCUCAGAGAGAGCACAGAUCAAGAAUGCCAAAGGCUGGCUUAAGUGAACCCAACCUAGAAUUUGGAACUAACAACAGUAUGAAUGAAAUGUCCUUAUAUACAGCACGUGAGGCCUAUUGGGGCACAAGCCCUGAAGAACUAAAAACGUUGGGUAGUCCUACUCGAGGAAGUUCUGAAAUGCUGCCCAAUGAAAUGACCUGUGAGAAUAAAACUUGCCCAAGUAAAAAGAUUCAUAGGCAGCACACAUUGUCUCUUUCUUUUACCAAUAGUGUGCCAACUGCUCCUGGAGGAGUGGGACCACAAACUUUAGCUGAAUUUCAAGAAGAAAAGACUGAAGAAGUCCCUGGAAUAGAAGUAGGCAAGUGUACUCAGACUGAACCACAGGAUUUUGCUCUCUUAUGGAAAAUAGAAAAGAAUAAAAUUAGUGUUUCAGAUUCUCUGAGAAUAUUAACAGGAAGAUUAGAUGGAUUUAAACCAAAAGCUUUCAAUAUUAACACAAAAUUAGAUGUUCAAGAAACAAUUCCGUAUAGGGUAAUGUAUGACAAAAGCACAUAUGUUGAAGAAAGUGAGCUUACCAGUGCUGAUGAAUCUGAAAAUCUUAACAUUCUUUGUAAACUAUUUGGAUCGUUUUCAUUAGAAGCCCUAAAAGACCUAUAUGAGAGGUGUAACAAAGAUAUUAUUUGGGCCACAAGCCUUUUAUUGGAUUCUGAAACUAAAUUAUGUGAGGAUACUGAAUUUGAGAAUAUAGAAAAGUCAUUUGAUGAAACACAAAUUGGGCCAUUUUCUCUGGGACUGAAUUUGAAGGAAAUUAUUAGCCAAAGAGGGAGCUCAGAGAAGUCCAAUUCUUCUGUGCCAGAAUUUAGCCAUGGAAUUGGUAUCAGUAACACUAAUGUACAGUCCACCUGUAAUUCAGAAAAGGAAAACUUAGAGCAGGCGGAAAUAAGAGCUGUAACUACUGAAAAACCUGGAUUAAUAACAGGUAUAUUUCCUAAUGUAGAUCUCAAGAAUAAUAAUGAAGUACUUCCUUAUAGUCAGGCAGAACUUUCAGGUUUAUAUAAUGUUAAGCAGCUUUUUCCAGGCACUCUACAAGCCACUACCACUAAAAAUGUGAGUGAAAUGGAGAAGAAUCCAGAAGUCACUGAGAUUGGAGACAGUAUAAAUUCUUCUUUGAAUUUGUCUGAUAUUUUAAAUUCUGUAUCGGGCACUUCAGAUCUUGAAUUACAUGGAGAAAUUUAUUUUACUGACUCUUUUGACAUAAAUAAAAGUGAAAAUCUUCCAAAGGAUUAUGUGAAAUUUCCAAACACAGAAGAAUUGAUGAAUGAAGAUGAACAGGAAGUGGAAAAAAUUCUAAUGGCAGGGAGUGCUUUGUCAGCUGAAGUUACUGAAGAAGAUAAAACUGAGACGUUGAAUCCCACGCCAGUGAUGGCCAAAUCGCUGACCAUAGACUGUCUGGAAUUGGCAUUGCCCCCUGAACUGGCUUUUCAGCUCAGUGAAUUAUUUGGCCCUGUUGGUAUUGAUUCAGGGUCCCUAACAGUUGAGGACUGUGUGGUUCAUAUAGAUCUGAAUCUGGCUAAAGUGAUUCAUGAAAAAUGGAAAGAAUCUGUAAUGGAGCGACAAAGACAAGAAGAGGUAUCCUGUGGCAAAUUAAUGCAAGAUCCUUCCCUGGUUGGGCGUGUUGGUCUUGAUAAUCCAGAACAAAAAUCAUCUCAGAGAACGGGCAAAAAUUUACUGAAGACUUUAGCAGCACCUGAAAUGCAACCCUUAUUGGAUCAUUGGAACACUCAUACUAAAAAAGUAUCACUCAGAGAAAUAAUGUCAGAAGAAAUUGCCUUACAGGAAAAGCAUGAUUUGAGAAGGGAGCCGCUUAUAUUUGAAAAAGAUUGUGCCACUAAACUAAAGGAGAAGCAGCUCUUUAAGAUAUUUCCAGCCAUUAACCAAAAUUUUCUGGUGGACAUUUUCAAGGACCACAACUAUUCAUUAGAACAUACAGUGCAAUUUCUAAAUUGUGUUCUUGAAGGAGACCCUGUAAAAACAGUGGUAGCACAAGAGUUUGUUCACCAAAAUGAGAAUGUCACUUCUCAUGCUGCACAGAAGUCUAAGGAGAAAAAGGCAAAGAAAUUGAAAGAGACUGAAGAUAUACCAAGCGAACCAUCUUUCCAGGAUUUUGAGUACCCAGAGUAUGAUGACUACAGGGCAGAGGCUUUCCUGCACCAGCAGAAGAGGAUGGAAUGCUAUAGCAAGGCAAAAGAAGCUUAUCGGAUGGGGAAGAAAAACGUUGCCACGUUUUAUGCCCAACAAGGUAGUCUCCAUGAGCAGAAGAUGAAAGAAGCCAAUCACCUUGCUGCUGUGGAGAUCUUUGAGAAGGUCAAUGCCUCCCUGCUGCCACAGAAUGUUUUAGACCUCCAUGGGCUGCAUGUGGAUGAGGCUAUAGAACAUUUGAUGACAGUUUUACAGCAGAAAACUGAAG